AUGUAUAGCACACUUGACCAAUGCGGCAAACCACAAAGUUGCUAUUGUGCGGAGAACCAGCCUGGAGGCGUCAGUCGUUGCUUCAACAUGGACUUCAGUGUAAAACCACAAGUUUCUAGUGGAAAUGGGCUGAACGCCGACACCGCUAGUGGCCGCCACGACGCUGAAUAUUUCAUUGGUAUAGAGGCAGAGAAUUGGGCUGGUUUGACGUCGAACUUUGAGAUGAUGAUCACCAUCGAUGCGAGUCCUCCCCAUGUGGGCAUAGUUCACGACGGUCUUGCCUCGGACAUCAAGAAGGAGGUAGAUUUCCAGCAGAGCUAUUCCUUGGCAGCCCAUUGGGAUGGUUUCUUAGACAGAGAGAGCGGAGUGAGGUCAUAUUCCUAUGUCUUUGGGACUUCGUGUUUAGAUGCUCAAAACUUUCCAUACACAACGGCUCAAUCCCUUACUCAUGAUCGGCGGGAGGCCACCUGGCGAGCCCCUGGUCCAGGCAGAUACUAUGUGACGGUGGUGGCGUACAACGCGGCUUUCAGCCCUUCAGAGCCCGUCUGCAGUGAUGGUGUUCUCGUAGACACAACCAGGCCCGUAGUCUCGGAACUUGGCAUGAAAAGCAUCGCCAUGAAGGCUGGUCUGAUGAAGAAGAGUGAGACCAAAGUUUAUUAUCUGCAAGAAAACGGGCUUAAGAUGAAGAUUGAUAAUCCGUCUACAAUGUGCAGAACCAAGGCCUUAUACUUUCCAGGAGGCACGGAUAAAUUUUCGUUCGAUCGGGAACAUGAUGGCUCAAUUAAAACUAUCGACGGAUCCGGAUCAUUUUGUCAGGACAAGUUACCGCUGUCAGCUACCUUUCCCAUGGGGCUCACACAGGACAAAAUGAUCGAGGCUUGGUGGUCAGGUUCUGAUCCCGAGAGCGGCAUCAGACACUACGAGGUGGCGCUCGCCUCAAGGCCAGGUGACGAGGAUAUCAUGGCUUUCGAAAAGGUGGCGAGGGGAACGACUGGAUACUACAAGAAAUAUCACCCUGGCUUGGAAGAGGGCAAAGUUUUCUAUUUCAUCGUUCGAGGUACCAACCAGGCCAUGUUGCAAGCUACACAGGCUUUCGGACCAUUCAUUGUUGACGUUGUCGUUCCGACAUAUUCUGGGGCCAUCAUGCCCUACAUGGAUGCCGGAGUUCUUAUGGUGGCCUAUGACAAAAGCAAGUUUGAUGACGGGGAGGAUGCGGACACGCUCACGUUGGAAUUCGCUGUCGGAACACGAAAAGGGGCCACUGACGUAAUAUCCUGGCAUCCUCUAGUAGAUGGCGCACCUUGCAAGAUGAAGGCGCCAUCUCAUUGUACAACCAUCCAGACCACGUCCGGGGACGACUUCGUACAGGGGAAGACAUACUACGUAUCUCUCCAAGCCACGAAUGCUGUUGGACGGUCGGUGGUCGUCACAGCAGACCCGCUGGUCCACUUCAUGGACAAGCCCAGUGAAGGAGUUGUGAUGGACACAGAGGUGGUACAAGGCAUGGCUAGCGUUAUGUUACCAGAUAUAUUUACAACCAACUGGGCUAGGUUCAAAGAAGAUGUUGACUACCAGACCAUAGACAAUCAGAUUGAUGCCAAAUGGUACGGAUUCGAGCGGCCUUCACUGACGACCAGCUACAUGGUUGGCUUGGGGGAUGUCCCGGGAACGGACAACGUGGUUAAAUUUACAUCCGUAAGACAACAGACCAAGUAUAGAUUUCGAUGGAUUCCUCUGAAGAGUUUUGUGGUGAGUAUACAGGUUAGGGAGAUGAUGACAAAUGUGUUAGGACAUUUAAACGCCAUUAGGAAUGGCAGGUCCACAGCACUCAUUAUCGACUUAGAAUAG